AUGAAUGCUAAUAGCAUGGCUGAGAAACACGACUGUUGCAGCACAAUACAGACUGGAAGUAAUUCAGAAAAUAAUGAUGCAUCUGUGAGUCAAACCGAACCAGAAAGAAGAUUCAUCGAUGGGAAAUGGUUUUGCGAAGAUGGUCAUGGUGGUUUUCUGGUGUAUGAGGAGGAUAAAUGGAUCACAGCUAGUAGCGAUGACUUAAAGAAAAAGUGGGAUGAAGUUGAUACGGUUGGCGAGAUAAGUGGUAAUCCAUAUCGUUGCGUUGUUGAUGGUGUUACUAUGGAGUGGAAUCAAAUCAGUCAACAAUGGUUACCAGUAGUAGAAAUAAAUGAAGAUUUUUUGGCCCAAUAUCACAGUAAUUAUGGUAUUAAAUAUGAUUUUGGCCAAAAACAAGGGUCAAGCAUGGAAGAAAAAGAUGAAAAAUCUGAAAAUCCUAAACCUGUGAAGCACAAAUUGCACGACAAGAAGGAACAGCAAGGUUGGGUGGAACUUGAAGAAGAAAGGAAUACUUCAGUCUAUGUUUCAAAUCUGCCCUUCAGUAUAACCGAAGAAUCGUUUAUCGAGUUAAUGAGCAAAUGCGGUGUCAUACAGCGGGAUGCAAGGACCAACAAACUAAAAAUAAAGCUCUAUAAGAAUGAUGACGGUUCGGUUAAGGGAGAUGGCAGAUGCUGUUAUAUAAAGAAAGAAUCAGUCAUCAUGGCCCUAGAUAUCCUGGAUGGCUGGAACGUGGAUGGAAAAAUUAUUUCAGUCGAAAAAGCAAAAUUCCAAAUGAAAGGAGAAUUCGACCCAUUAAAAAAGAAAAAGAAACUUACAGCAGCCCAGAAAAAGCGUUUUAUCGAAAGUCAGGAAAGAAUCUUCGAGUGGAAACCGGAAAAACCACGGAACUAUCGUCCAAUUAGUGACUGUACUAUUGUUAUGAAGAACAUGUUUACAUUGGAGCAGAUGAUGAAGAACGCUACUUUGUUACUGGAUUUGGAAGAAGAAGUUAAAAAAGUUUGCGAGAGAUUUGGAACUGUCAAAAAAGUUACCAUUCAUGACAAUAAUCCAGAAGGCGUGAUUUGUGUCACAUUCCAAAAUGUCGAGCAUUCGGAUAUAGCUGUGCGUGCACUCAAUGACCGUGUAGUAGAUGGUCGACAAAUUUCAGUAACACUGUGGGACGGGAAGACGAAAUACGCAAUGUAA